CACACACACAGUCCGACUGGAAAUCCACAACAACUCACAGACCUUUUGUUGUGGCCCACUGACUAGCUUGUUGUGGUCAAGACAUCCAGCUUGAGAGACUCUGUACCAGUGCUCCCUGAACACUACAGCUGAUCUGUGUCUCUCAGUGUCCGGUGCGGUAUGGAUGGUGUCCCUCUGAAGAUGCCUGAGGCUGCUGCCGUACAACAAGUCAAAGAUGACAUCAAAGUGACUCUACCUGAUUACCUCACUGUACUCAGAGAAACAGAGUAUGUUUUCAGUUUAGAGCACUGGGUGCUAACUGGGCUUCAGAGCGGCUUCAGCAACCGGCCGGAGCCCGCGUCCUCUUCGUCAGGACUGCAGCCAUCUUGUCCGCCAUAUUGGAUGAUGUUCAGAAGCCCACAGCAAAGCCGCCUAGCCAGCCGCCACAGCUCUGACUUCUGGGAGCCCAACCCUCGGCAGCGCUCCCACAGCCUCAACCCCACUGUCUUACGCGCCAAGUUUACCAUCUCAGACUCCGAGGAGGAAGGAGAGCGUGCUGCACAGAAAGCCAAAAUGUGUGUGUCAGCGAAAGCUUUAUCAGGGGAGAAACGUUCUGACGCUCCAUGUAAGCAGAAGAGAGUGCAGAGAGCCUUCGUCCCCGACUUGCUCAACCCCCCAGCCUGUCUAAGCAGUCUGCCACACCAGCGCAGGAAGAACCUGCGUCAGUGUUCCCUCUCAGUGCUGGACACACCCACACAGCUCAAUCCCAACACAAACAACAAGCCCCAGAACCCUUCGUCACCCAGAUCCCUCAACACCAAGGCCUCUCCCACCAGAGCCAAUACAGUUGACAGGUUCCUCACCAUCAGCAACCACAACACAUCACCUACGAUGCGCCUCAAACCCGAUGUCUAUAGAAACCCUCCUGCCACUUUACCUCCACGGGGUCUUCCCUUCUCUGGUUCUGACUCUUCAGCAGAGCUCCUGUCACUUCUGAGCCCUGAGGAGAGAGACUUGCUGAGGGCCAUCACUUCUCAGGGCUACCCCCUAUACACCGCCAUCACUGCCCUGCAGAGGACAGGUCACCAGCGCCCCGACCAGAUCGUGAGUUACCUGGUUGCGUGUGAACACCUAUGUCAGCUGGGUUAUGACAUGGCUCAGGUGGAAGAAGCCCUGGAGAUGUUUCAAAACUGUGAAACAAAGGCGGAGGAGUUCCUUCAGCUACUGAGGCAGUUCAAUGAGAUGGGCUUCCAGCAGAAUGCCAUCAAAGAAGUGCUGCUUGUCCAUGAGAACCACAGAGAACGGGCUCUUGAAGAGCUAAUGAUGCGUGCGGCCUAACACUGCAUCAACACACACGUGCUGAAUAGAGUGAACAAAGAAACAUGUUAAUGUUGAUUGAACUCAUGCUGUCUGUGUGAGUCUAAAUGAAAUGAGUAGUUGUAGUAAUUGUGAACUGAUGGUCCUUAAAGAAAUUAAAGAUUUCUUUCCAGUUAAAGGAGCAGUGGCCAUCAAAGAGACAUUAUAAAACUGAAGGCUAAGAGAAACAUCACCACAACAUGUUGUCACUGAUUCAAUUAAAGCCACUAGAAUGGACCUUUUUGGUUCAUCACAGCGGUUUGUGGUUCGUAGAUGUGUCUAUCUGUUUUAUUAGUUACCAAAUAAACGUUGUGCUAUGCAAAUACUGUGAUGUUCCUAUAAUGUGCUGUCAGUAAAUAACACAGAGAGUGAACAAGUCAGCAGAGCACUGCCUGGAGACCUGGGGACAUUGAAGUCUGAACCUGUUUGAGGCAGUUUCCCAUAGGGAAGACAGGAUUAGACAGCCUCACCAGACAUGUACUGUAUGUAUUGAUCCAGUCCUGACAAAACCAUUCUCAAAACACCAAUCUCAGGCUUUGGCCUCCAUUCGUCAUCCUCAGAGGUUCAAGCUCAGGUUAUAGCAGUCCAUCACACAUAAAAAGAAGUCAUCACAGGACUUGUAAAGCGCCAUUAGCACUCACUAACUACUGUGUUGAUAGUUGUAACAGAAUCCAGUCUCUAUUAGCCUCUGACUAGCAUCAUGUAGUCCUCCACUUACAUAGUUCUGUGUCAACGACAGCCACCCCUGCCAUGGUGGUGCUGGUGUUCACAGGUCCAUGUGUGACGGCUCUUCACUUUGUACAUUGCAGAAUUUUAUGCAUUUCUGCACAAAACUGACUUAAAACUUCAGUGGAUUUUCACAUAAGUCAAUAAGUGAACCCCAGUUUUCAAUAUCUGGUGUGUCUUCCUUUUUGAGUGAUCUUUGUUGUUCACAAUCUGUCUGAAUGUGCAUUUGCAGAUUCCAAACUCUCUAAGGAUGUUUUUUUAUAACCUUUUCCAGCCUGAUGAUUAACUCUUUUUCCCCAGAAAGUUCCUUUGUUCGUGCCAUCAUACACUUCCAUAAACAUGUGUCAGAUCAGACUGUGACAAAUCCCAUUUUAAACCAAAUGGGGCACUGAAAGACACCUCUCAUUACACUGAGACUGGAACUUGUGUGACAACACGCUUUAGUGCUUAAGUAGAAAUGUAGAAAAUGCUGUUUUCAACAUUUUGAUGUUGAUAUGUUCUUAGGAAGUCUACAGAAAAUGUUAUUUUAUGAUAUUGCAGAUUCUUUCUUCAUUUUAUAUCAAGUGGACAGUUGUAAUAAAUAUAUCUGCUUUGUA